AUGUCUACCGAGCAGACCUUCAUUGCCAUCAAGCCCGAUGGCGUUCAGCGUGGCCUGAUCGCCCCCAUCAUCGGCCGCUUCGAGAACCGAGGCUUCAAGCUGGUUGCCAUCAACCUGGUCACUCCCUCCAAGGAGCACCUUGAGAAGCACUAUGAGGACCUCAAGGAGAAGCCUUUCUUCCCUGGUCUGAUCUCCUACAUGGGCUCUGGCCCCAUCUGCGCCAUGGUCUGGGAGGGCCGUGACGCCGUCAAGACCGGCCGCACUCUCCUCGGUGCCACCAACCCCCUGGCCUCUGCCCCCGGCACCAUCCGUGGCGACUUCGCCCUGGAUGUCGGCCGCAACGUCUGCCACGGCUCCGACUCCGUCGAGAACGCCAAGAAGGAGAUUGCCCACUGGUUCCCCAACGGCACCGUCUCCUGGAAGGCUGCCCAGUUCGACUGGGUCUACGAGAAGGCUUAA